UUUUACGCACCAGCGAGUGGAGAAUAGUGCUGGAGAAUUGCUCUCCUUUGGCUCACCUUAUCUCAUUCCCAGCAUUUGGACUUAUCUUGCUCUCGGCUCUUGGGGACCUAUUCUCGCUUGGAUUGGACUAUAUAGCCUACGCGCAAACGUCGUGCGCAACGAAGAAAUGAGAUUUUUACUCUGAAAACACGUAUUGCUGGAUGCUGCUUUAGAGUUCAGAGCGCUGCUGUAUGCGGGGCACCAGCCUACACAUGGAGUCCAGGGUUCCCCAUCACAUCCCCGGAGUGUCCUCCUCCCUCAUAUCCCAGCCCUUAAUAGACAGCCGGGUGCCCUACGGCCGCCUGCAGCACCCUCUCACCAUCUAUCCUAUCGACCAGAUGAGGUCCUCGCACGUGGAAAAUGACUACAUAGACAGUCCUGCUGUCGUCUCCCAGCAGCCCCCGAGUCAGAAGACUGUGAACCGCAGGAUCACAUGGCUUGGCCAGAAUCAGGAUGCCUUUCUGGGAGCAAACCACAACCACCAUCAUAAUCAUCAACACCAGCACCACCAGCAGGGCAGGUGCGAGCCCCACCCUCACCAAGACACCACCACCCACCCUUGGAUUUCAUUCAGCGGGAGGCCCAGCUCCAUCAGCAGUAGCAGCAGCACCUCAUCUGAUCAGAGGCUGCUGGACCACGCUGCACCCACCCCGACGGUGGACCACCACCCAAACCUGCACCCCCAGCAGGGCUCCGUCAACACCAUCACCACCAGAUCCCCGGGCUGCUUGACCUCCUCCGACCCUAAAGUCCUUACCCCCUCCUCCUCCUCUUCCGCCUCUUCCUGCUCCUCCUCCUCUAAAUCGCUGGACCUCAAGUCUGCAAAGAUGACUACAGGAGGCAUGUGCUCCGCCGGCCAGCAGGGGUUGGCGCUGAUCCCUUCCUCCCCAGCUGAGAAGAAGCACCUCCUCCUCUGCGAGCACUGCGGGAAGUGCCGCUGCACGGAGUGUACGCUCCCCCGGACCCUGCCCUCCUGCUGGGUCUGCAACCAGGAGUGCCUGUGCUCUGCUCAGAGCCUGGUGGAUACAGCCACCUGCAUGUGCCUGGUUAAAGGGAUCUUCUACCACUGCACCGAGGACGAGGACGACGAGGGUUCCUGCGCCGACAAGCCCUGCUCCUGCUCCCAGGCCAACUGCUGCGCACGCUGGUCCUUCAUGGCCGCCCUUUCCCUCGUCCUUCCCUGCCUGGUCUGCUACCUGCCAGCCAUCGGCCUGGCCAAACUGGGACAGAAAUGCUAUGACAACAUUAGCAGGCCCGGGUGCCGCUGCAAGAACUCCCAGGGCGGCGUUGGGUGUAAAAACGGAGGCGUGGAAGCAAAGAUUGGGACGCUAGAGAAGCAGCAGCAGGGGUCAUGAUAGCGGACUGAAGUGGCGACAGCCUCGUUGAAAAACGGACAGGACAAUACAGUACUUGCUCGCUCUCGAUGGAUCGGACAAUCCAAAACCAACCCCUUAAACUACACCCUUAAUCUGCUGGAAGAUGACUUAAUGUAAAACAAAGGUACUUAAAUGGCGUCUUCACCUUAGUUUGAAAAGGUGCAUGAUGAGAACGGGCCUGAUCUGAGAGGGAUCGGGUCAGCUGCCAGUAGGAAUGGCUACCAGGCCACCAGAGAUUUUUUUUUGUAAGAGUGACACAACAAGAAGAGACUGGAUUGUUGAACUGGUAUUCUUGUUUUUUCGAAGAUGGCCGAAGGCACAAAAGUCAUUGUCCCUCUCUGCUGCUCUGUAUUUCUCAGCUAAUUUUGUCAUGGUAACUAACCAGAAGCUGGUUGCUGAUCCUCUGAUAACGUAGAAGUUGUAUGAUGGAGAAAAGUCUGUACACCAACCCCUCCUCCCCCAAAAGCACAGCCCAGUGUCCCUCUGUUUGAACAAACAACCAUGCAAACAAGUGAUUACCUAUACUGUGGCUUUAUGAUAGGCCACUGUAAGAGUGAAACUACCACUUAGUCACUCACUCUCUCCGCUAUUAUGAUGAUCACCAUUCUUUAGUGUUGCCAGUCUUCCUCUUAUAGUUUGAUGAUGCUAGCUUGGCGUUGCUAACAUUUAUCUCUAAAUUUUUUUUAUUAUCUCCACGGAGGAGUUGUAUAAACAAACACUUUGAGGCUUUGAAAGAAUAGUUAUUUCCCACAAUUUUCACAGUGCGUGAGGCCGUGGGUAAGCAGUCACAGUGCUGCAAGUGAGAAAGAGAUAAUCACUUUACAGUGUGGUUCCUAUUUGGGAGCAGAAACCAGACAUUCUAAAAAAAAAAAAAAAAGAAGAAGAAGAAGAUUUUUGAAUGCUGUUAACCUUCACCAAUCACCUCAGAGGUAAUGCAUGUCAUGACCUGCAUGCUCUUGUCUAAUGGUUACCCACCGUGCUAGAAGUCGAUGUGUCGUAGAGAAAUGUAUAAAGUACACCCAACCUUCUCAGGGACUGUUACAGUAAUCCUCUAUAGAACUUGGCCUAUAGCGUGUCGAUUUCAAAACUGCCUAAGAGCCUGGUCUACUUCCUCUUUGCACAAGAAGGCAAAGAAACGUUUAAGGGCAAAAAGGCAAUAGUGAAUAAUUUAAAACAAGUAAGCUAAGUAAGAGACGAAAUGGCCAGAAAAAAAUAAUGUUUCCGGAAGAGAAGGGGAAGCGAGAGAGAGAGCGAAGGAGAGGAGAAGGCAUAGCAAAGUUGUCGUCGUCGUUGUGUAUGUAUCUAGCCAGCCUUAGUCAAAAUCAAACCUGCCACUUGCACAACCUUUUUAAGAAGACGCAAACCCCUUAAACGAUGGACUAAAGCACAGUAUUAACCACCACGUUGAUCUCGCAUUCUUUUUUAUUGUGAACUACAUUUAGUCCACACACCCCAGCCGCCCUACACACACACACCACACACACACUCACACCAAUGUCUUCAUUAAAUUCUAAUCAUUAUGCUGCAUAGCUGAGUUGGUUUGUCAGAUCGCCUUUUAUUCUUAAAGUCUAUUUUUGUGGCUUGCAUGAUGUUCUUAGGACUUUGCCAAAGGAAGCUAGCAUAGCAUGUCUUCGCUAUCCGAGUGAUCACAGUUGUUAUGCACUCUUGCCAAAUGGAGUUCGACGGCAGUUGGUUCUUAAAGGCAUGCCGCCCCUUUAAUACAGAUGGCCUUUUUCUGUUUGGCAUAAAGGGAUACUGUCUUUGUUGCUCCAUAACGUACACCUUUCUUUCACGCCGGAAUCCCUUGACUUUCAUCAGGGCCCCCCCGACUUGCUCAUACUUGUACUCGUCUUGUUGCACAAAGCUGAUAUCACACAGGAGAAAAACAAACAAACAAACAAACACACAAAAAAAAAACAC